AGAGAACUGUUUAUUGAGAGUUUAUUGAUAGUGUGGGAAAAAUGCUACGAAAGGCUCUAGCAUUCGCCGGAAGCGCACUGCAGCAACAACAUCAGCCAUGGCGCACAAUAGCCUGUCGGCGGUCGUCGGGUGUUUCAUCAGCCGUGAAUAGUAUAAUCCUCCGGUCCCUUAAAGAUCACUAUCUUGAAGUCUCCAAAAUGACCCCUCCUCCGAAAGUUAGCCCUCCUUCUCCAUUCACUGUCGUCAAGGGGGCACUUGAUCAUGGUGGUCCUGUUCUAAGACGAACACAUGGAAAUGAGGAAAUCAGUAUCUCUGUCAUGCGGUUGGCCAACAUUAUUGCUGGAGGUAUUGGAGAUGAAGAGGAGGAUGGUAUUAAUCAGCUUUUUCUACACGUUGACAUUUCAAAGCCAGGACAGAAGGAAUCUCUGCAUUUUCUUUGUGGGCUAUAUCCAGAUGCUUUGGGAAUACACUCAGUCUCAUUGAGAUCAAAGACCGAGUCUAGUGGGUUUCUUGCUGUUCCAACCAAUUACGGUGGGCCAGUUUUUCAAGAUAUUGAUGAGAAGAUGAGAGAUGCUUUGCACAGCUUCAUUGAAGAGCGAGGAAUUAACGAAAGCCUCUUUCCAUUUCUACAAGCUUGGCUCUAUGUGAAGGACCAUCGGAAUCUUAUGCGUUGGUUUAAAACAGUUGGUUCUCUCGUUAAUGACAGAAAACAAGGAGCUUCUCAUGCCUAAUCUUUCAUUUGAUGGCUCUUUAAAGUGGUUUGUGUACCUUAGGAAAAAAUGCUAGACUUCGAAAAAUUAUUAGAGUGUACUCAAGAGUCAGAGACUUAAAUGGAAAGUAUAAAAAUUCAGGUUAAACGGAAUGAAUGUGCCUGCUAGGUCUCAGUGAAUGUAUAGUUUGCUUGUGAGUUGUAACAACUUACAAUUGUCUUGAUCGCGGAAUAUCAUUGAGACAUAAGGAUCCUUCUAAUGUUUUAAGAGAACAAUGCCAUAUUUCCUUGUUUUCUAUAUCUGAUCCAAGCUGUGCUUCCUACUUUUAA